AUGAACUGCCUGAGCCAGCAGCUGGCCGAUGUGCGUACAUUCCAGAUGAUAGAAAACGAACAGGACACCGACUACUUGCGACACAUUCGACGAUGCUUUUCCGCCGGAGAGGCCGAGGGGUCCAGGCAAAACAAAUGUGUGCUAGAUCAGGCGACCCUCAAUCAAAAUGUACUAGGACCAAAUGGUCCUCUUCGAGGAUGCAAAUUUUGUAUCAACCUCGCUAACGAUCUGCACAAUAAAUACAUGAAAAGUUCGGCAUCCGAUCGGAUGUGCUUCAGGAAGCAUCUGUCGGACGGCAUCAUCAGCGAAAUGCAGCCAUGCAUUCAGAACCGCCUGCACGACUACCGAUUCCGUGUGCCAAACCUGCCUGACUUCGACACCGCUGCUGAUUCCAGUAUGAGCAUCGUUGUGACUCCGAGCUGCACUUCUCGCUUCCAGAAGGUCGAGGCUGCUACCUGUCAGUGCUUCCGCGAUAAGCAAGCCGAACUGGUAUCGAAGAUGCACCGAGUGCGAGACGUGCUUAUGACCGCCCAAAGCACAUCGCAGUGCGAAGAAGGAAUCGAAGCCGCGAUUGGCCCGUGGGUGAAGAAGGUCAUGAAGGCAAUGAAGGACUGCUCAAGCAGUGGUACGGCGAAUAUCUUGCAGAAAAUUCCUCCAAACAAAGUUAUUAAAGUCGGUUGCAUGAAGAUAGUCAGUCUCAAAGGUUCGGGCCGAAAGCAAAUCGAAAUUGGCUUCCGAUUCAUCGAUUACUUUUUGGAUGCAUUGCAUGUUCGAUUGAUCAAGUUCUGCCAGUGUUCCUAA